GGAGAAAAACAAAAGACAAGCUAUGGCGCAUCAGCUCACCGAAGAUCAAAUCUCCAAGUUCAAGGAAGCCUUUAACUUAUCUGACAAGGAUGGUGAUGGCCGCAUUACCACAAAGGAGCUUGGUACUGUGAUGAGUUCCCUCGGUCAGAACCCGACAGAAGCUGAGCUUCAGGACAUGGUAAAUGGUGCAGAUGGUAACGGAACCAUUGACUUCACCUGGUUCUUGAACCUGAUGGCUGCGAUGAAUAUGAAUCCCAUGAACGUUAUGCCAGGAAGCGAAGAAGACCAAGGUAAAGUGUUGGUUGGUGAGUUGAGACAUGUGUUACUUAAGCACAAAUUUGAUGAUGAGAUGCUUAAGGAAGGAGGUGUUGGUGAUGGUGGAAUGGUCGACUACAAUAAGUUUAUAAAACGUGUGAUGGACGGUCCAUUUUCUGAUGAGUGAUGGCUCGACACUUUCGGCUGGGCAGAUAUGUUGAUGGUCAUUGAUACGAGAAAAUGGUGUGAGUUUCCCUUUGUAUCUCUUUUAACCAGUUUAAUUUAAUUCAAUAAUCCUUGUUAUCUUUUCUCUUUUAAGUACGUGUGAACUUUCCGAAAGGAGAAUAAAUUCAGAUUUCAACCUUUCUUUACUAUCUCCCUCUCUUCUUAUAUCAUUAUCUCCAUUGACUCAGUUGUAAAGGUAGGCAAGAAACUGAACCC